AUGUUUCGAUUCGGUAUCCAUAUUAUUCAAUUUGGCAUUAUUAUUUUGAUUUCGUUUGCUGCCAGUGAAUUAAAUGAUCCACGAUGUGCACCACGUCAAGACUUUUCUGAAAGUGUGAAGAGUUCUGUAAGUGACUUAUGUUUCCAAGCUAAACUAGAAAAUGAUGCAGCAAAUUAUAAAGAUUUUAUAUUUACUUAUUCAAAUGGAAGUGGUGUUGGAUUUACAUACGGUGAUGGAGGAUUAACUGCUGCAGCAACUGCUCGAAAUUGGCCUGCAUUAAUUAAUCACGGUAUUUCUAUGGUUGUUGUUUAUUUAAAACCGUGUGCUUUGAAUUUACCUCAUAUUCAUCCACGUGCAUCAACUAUUUCUUAUGUUGCUAAAGGAACUAUUCGAACUGGUUCAUGGAGUGAAAAUACAGGUGAAUUUCAUGCUAUUACACUAAAUGCUGGCCAAGGUACGACAUUUCCACCAGGAGCAUUACAUUUUGAACAAAAUAUUGGUUGUGAUGAUGCUAUUGUUGUUGCUGCAUUUAAUUCUGCAGAUCCUGGUACUGCUCAAUUAACAGAAGGCAUUAAAGCAUUACCUUUAGAUAUAUUAGCGGCGAGUUUUGGUAGCCCAACACAAAAUCAAAUCGAUCAAUUACGAAAAAACUUUCCAACAACACCAACCAGAGGUAUUGAUUCAUGUUACAAAGCAUGUGGGUUGAAUAAAAAUGGACCUAAGAAAUAA